AAAUUUUUGCUGUAAUAAUGAAAGGGAAAAAAGGCAAAGGUCCAUCUAGUUUAAUUUAAGUUGUUGUCUGUUGAAAUUUUUUCGUUCAAUGAUCGCUGUGCUCUAAGUUAAUCUGGAUGAAGCAGAAAGAUUAUGAUCGCCCUUACUCACAUUUUCCCCUUGGAGUCGCCGUGUUGCCAUUUUUCUGAAAAUCGUGAAUCAACAAUUAAAUCAGUCAUCACUGCAAAUGUAGAUCACUGCGUUCUAAAAAGUAGAAAUAUAGAAACUCUGCAAAGUUUGUUGUUUCAAUGUGCUGUCUCCUAUGCCACCAAAGAAUCCAAUGUGACCUACAUCUGCCGCCAGCCUCUCAGCACCCUUCCUGCAGGAGUACAUGGGAUGCCAAAACCCGAGGCAGAUGUUCUCAAAACUGUCAAAUUUUUGUACCUGAAAAAUGUUGAGGAAGUUGUAGAAUUUUGUGCCACGGUACAUAACAGAGCUGUUGGUCCUGAUCUUAUCAUUUUAGAUGACAUUGACAGCUUUAUCGAACAACUACAGGGUCCAUGUCUAGAACACAAGGCAGCUAAACUGUGUGCUCUCCUGUGUGAUGCUGCGGAUUUCAUCACCUCAAAAAAUGAUGGCUCCAGUCUUCUUCUUCUGUCUUGUACUGAUUCGACCAAUCGUCUUGCCUCUGUGUUCAGGAAUUCUGGGAUACAUGUUCAUGAUAUUCAAGAAGUACGGCCAAAUGAGUUUAAGCUGACCACCAUCGCAGAAGAUAACCAUAUCUGUGUGGAUUUUAUAACACAGAAAGGGGAACUCUACCUCCAGGAUGUCCACAUCACAGAGAAGUGAAGCAAGACCAAACAAAAAUAA